CUCUUCCGCCCGGUUAGAGUUUCUGUAGAGCGGAGAGGGGAAACAACACCGGGAUAAAAACGUUUUUUCAUUAUUUUUAUUUUCUUUUUACCCCCCCCAUUGAUUCAAAGGGAUCUUCACGAAGCCCCCUGAAGUGAAUACAAUAUGGUUGUAGUUACAGCAGGGGCCGGGGGCGCCCAUAAAGUCCUCCUCAUCUCUGGGAAGCAGAGUUCCGGGGGACUGGGCCGGUCGGUGUCCGUCGUCCUGCCGUCCUCGGCUCACCAAUCCUCGGAUUCGGACUCCAGCGCCACCGCGGCUCCUUUGCGGAAAAGACAGAGGCUCACACAUCUGAGCCCCGAGGAAAAAGCACUUCGAAGGAAACUAAAGAACAGAGUUGCUGCACAAACAGCAAGAGACAGAAAAAAGGCCAGAAUGGGAGAGUUGGAGCAGCAAGUGCUCGAGCUGGAGCAAGAGAAUCAGAAACUUUACAAGGAGAACAAGAUGCUGAGGGAGAGGACGAGCGAUUUGCUCGGGGAGAAUGAGGAGCUCAGGCAGAGAUUGGGGUUGGACACCCUUAAUACGAAAGAGAAGGUCCAGGUUGUUGAGUCCGGGGUGAGCGAUUUGGUUUUGGUGACCGGGUCUUCUGAGUCCGCAGAACUCAGGCUACGUGUGUCCGCAGCAGGUGCAGGCCCAGCAGUCAUCAAGUCCGAAGAAUUCACCGCUGAUUCUCACACUCCUGGCCAUGCAGACAAUGAGUCUGAUCUCUUGCUUGGCAUUCUGGACAUCCUUGACCCAGAGCUUUUCUUCAAGGGUGGUCUCCCAGAAGUACCAGAGCCAGAGCAACAGCUUCUUCUGGUGGGGGCAGCCGGAGAGCCGCUACCUGCCUCCACACCUGGAGCUGUGGGGGCCCCACCAGUUAAGCUGGAGGCCCUUAAUGAACUGAUUCAGUUUGACCACAUCUACACCAAGCCCGUCGAGGUGGAGCAUGAGGAGAGCGUUGAGAGCGUUGAGGAAAUGAAGAUGGAAGAGAUCCGGGAAGAAAGCGUGGCCUUCUCGACAUCCGACGAAGAGGAGAUUGAAGUGGAAGUGGAGACGGUGUCUGUCAAGGAUGAGCCAGAGGAAGUGGUCAUCCCCGUGACCAGUAGCAACGCGAUUGGGGUUGACGACUUCCUGUCAACAUCUCCUUCCUUCGACGGCUACGAGAAGGCAGCGUAUUUGACAGCCGAUGCAUACAGUGACUCUGGAUACGAAAGGUCCCCCUCCCCUUUCAGCGACAUGUCAUCCCCGUUGUGCUCAGAUGGUUCCUGGGAUGACAUGUUCGCUAAUGAACUCUUUCCACAACUUAUUAGUGUCUAAAACCAGUUAUAUCGGUUACAAAUUACUUAAAAUCUGCAACUUUCUUUAUAGUGUACUAUGUGACUACCCUAUGCUUCAAGCUCAUGUACAAACAGCACAUUAUGCAACCUUUUUUUUUUGUUUUCUUAUUCAGACCAAAGUAAUUGCUGUUUUUGAGUCUGAUGUGGCAGGCCCAUUUUGGUUUAAUCUUGAGACAUGGGGAAAUAGACCAGAACAUCUGGAAAGUAGUGAUCGAAUGCAAGGGAACCCAAUUCACCUGGUUCACAUUCAGUAUUUUUUAUGUGGGGGGGGGGGGAUUGUUUUAAAAAACGGAUCUAUUUAUUUGUACCUUCAGAGUCCAGAGUCUUCUGUAUUGUUAUCUGUCUGCUUAAGAUAAUGCUUAUUGUAAAUGUGAAAUUUUAUUAGCGCUCUCCUCGUAGAAUCAUUUACUGCAUUAAAAAAAUCUUGCAUUGCA